AUGUUUCUUACCAACCUCACGAGGACUGUUCCUCGCAGCUCACCAUACCUCCGCGCUGGCCUUCAUUUCUCCAUCUACCGAAGGAAACUCAACAAAAUUAUCAAAGCUCACCACAAUGAUAACUGGACUAGAGCCUUAGCACUUAAUCCCGACACCCUUCGCCGUUUCGUCACCCACUAUGAGGAUCUAUUUUCGGAAAACACGACCAAGCUGGACGACGUUGACCGUGAGAUCAUUGCAGUCGUAGUCAGCCAUGCCAACGGGUGCGGCUUUUGUCAAACACAUCACACGCAUGGUCUCUCGGCUGCGCUAGGCAAGGAUACCGCGGCAAAGGUGAGAGCCAAGAAGAUUGCACUGGAUUGGCACCUCGUGGGAGACUUGAGCGAUAAGCACAAGACUUUGGCGGCAUUUUCGGAACUUCUGGCUUCCAAGCCGAGGGAAGUGGGAAGGCAGCAGUUGAAUGAAUUAAAGGAUGUCGGAUACGAGGAGGAACAGAUUGUGGAGAUUAUAGAGGUAGCUGGGUGGUUUGCACAUUCGAAUAGGCUCAUGAUUGCGUUAGGUGUUGAGAUAGAUGAUAAGAAUCUCGAAUAA